GUAUCCCCCAGUCCCCCUGAACGUCCCUCCCAGUGCUCCCAGUCUCCCCCCCAGUCCCUCCCAGUGGAGGAAGCGCCGGCGGCUCUGGGAGGGGACAAUGGGGGGAGUGUCCCCUCUGGAAUAAAAGGGGAAAACGGGAACGGAGAGAGCGGACAGACGGACAGCGAGAGAGAUGAAGGCUUCUCCCGUUCUCCUCCUCCUCCUCCUCGUGGGGCUUUGGGGACCCUCCGGAACACGGGGAGCGAUCCGCAGACACCGAGGGUCCCUCCUGUACCCGUUCGGCACCGGCACGGGGGACGCGGUGACGCCCCACGAGGACGAUGGGAUGAGCCCCGAGAUCCACCUCUGGGAGAACUUCUCCUUCUACGGAAGAGCCCACGGCAGCCUCUACGUGAACAACAACGGUGGAGUGUCCUUCGGGGUGGGGGUCCCCGAGUUCACCCCGGAGCCCUUCCCCCUCUCGGGCCACCGCCCCUUCGUGGCGCCGUUCUGGGCCGACGUGGACAACCGUUUGGAGGGGAACAUCUUCUACCGACAAAGCCGAGAGCCGAAGCUCCUGUCCCGCUUGGAGAAGGACCUGAAGGUCCUCUCGGAACCUUCUGAGAUGUCUCCUCGACCCACGUGGGCUUUCGUGGCCACCUGGGAUGGAGUGUCCUACUUCGGUUCCGCUUCCAAGAAGGUGAACACCUUCCAGGCGGUUUUGGCCACGGAUGGGACCGCGUCCUACGUGAUGUUCAACUACGGAGACCUCCAGUGGACCACCGGCAUCGCCAACCACGGCAACGCCCACAGCGGCCUCGGCGGCCUCCCCGCCCAGGCGGGGUUCAACAGUGGAGACGACGUCCACUUCUUCAACCUUCCUGGGUCGCGGACUCCGGAGGUCCUCAACAUCUCCCGACGGAGCAACGUGGGCGUUCCCGGGAGAUGGAUCUUCCGCGUGGACGAAUUCCUGGAAAACCAGGAGACCCCGAGACCCCCCGAGACCACCACCACCUCUCCGAUGGCCACCGAGGAGAAGGUCUACAUCUGCGAGUGAUCUCCCCCCGUCGCCGUCGCCGUGGAAACAGCAAUAAAGACACUGAGCAGCAGCCGUGGGCGCCUGUGACCCCCAAACCCACCGGGGGACCCCAAAACCCCCAAAGCCACUGUGAGACCCCAAAAUCAC